GUUGUGUCACUCUUCCAAAAAAGACAGGCGAUCUUUUUUUUUUUGUAAAAAAAAAGGACCAUCAUGAUGAUGAUGAUAUAAAAAAAAAGUUUGCAUGGAUCAUCAGACUAAAAGGAUAGACUUGAUUUAUAUAAGCCUUGUUUUGUCCUUAAAUGAUGAAAAAUGGUACAAACAUGGUAUCUAUGGGGUUAACAAUGUGUGCAUUGAAAUUACAAUGUAUGAUCGAUCUAGUACCUUAUUUCUGCUGCUGCGGCUUAUGAUGCUGCUAUUGCUGCUGAUGCUGCUUUUGCUGCUUUUGCUGCUUUUGCUUUUGCUGCUGUUGCUGCUAUUGCUGCUGCUUUUUGCUGUUGCUGCUGAUUGCUGCUUCUAAUGCUAAUAUGGCUGCUUCUGAUGUUGAUAUUGCCGCUAUUGCUAUUGCUGUUGAUGUUACUGCUGCUAUUGCUGCUGAUGCUGCUGAUGCUGAUAUUACUGAUGCUGAUGCUGAUGCUGCUCUUUAUAUACUCGAUGCACAUUUAAUUCAUUGUCACGAUAUUGAGAGCAUACAACGUACUUGCCAUCUUGUUGAAAGCAUACAACGUACUUGCCAUCUUGUUGAAAGCAUACAACGUACUUGUCAUCUCGUUGAAAGCAUACAACGUAAUUGUCAUCUUGGUGAGAGUAUUGGACGCAUGUGUCAUGAUAGCGAGAGCGUUGUACGUACUUGGGGUUAUACACACGGAAAGAGAUCCAUUAUCCAUCAAAAAUAGACUAUUCACAUUGACAAUGUAUGGUAAAGAAUUACCUUGUCUUAAAGAGGGUGGCGGUUUUAUUAUAAAAAGGAAUACUCUUGUCUUUGAUACAUCCGUCUUUUUUUUUUAAAAAAAAAAAAGGUAACAUGAUGUAUUUUUUUUUUCUUCCAAAACGAUCGACCCAAUUUUUUUUUUUUUUUUAAAAAAAUCAAUUCAUUCUAUGAUUAGAAUGAGCAAUGAUAUAAAUUAAUAAAGCAUCAUGUAGACAUGAUGUGCUCUUAAUGGUCUUCUUCACCACUGUGUGUUGGAUAGAAAAAAGUUUACUUUGCAACUUUUAAAAGAAGGCAUAUAUGAAAUGGAUACAUGAAGAGAAAAAUUUUAUGAAAAAAAAAAAGGGAACAAAGUUUUUUUUUUUUUUUUUUUCUUGGGGGAGAUACUGUUUACAAAAAG